AUGUUUAAAUCAAUCAAGUUUUUUCACUCAAACGUUGUAGACGACUGCUUUGACAAGGAGCAAAGUUAUCCUGAUGCGAUCGCAGAGGUGUUGCCAUUAACAUCUGAUGGUAAAUGUUUGACAAGUAGCACUACUGCUUCUACGACAACGCAAGCAUCCAACACACGCAAUUCAAGUUUUCUUGUUCAUAGGAUGAUCCUUUCAUCAAAGAAUCAAGUUUUGAGACACUUGUUUCAAAACACAAAUGUCACAAUGAUGACGACAAGCACACACUCUUCAACUCCUGUGACACCUCGUUCAUAUCAUCAUCGCGACUCUUCCACUCGAGCCAAAAUUCAACUGGGCUUUUCAUGCAGUGCAAUUCCCAUCUCUGCUCAUCAUCAAAAGGAAUGUAUUCAAUCUCUCCUCUCCUUCUACUACACUGGAAAAGUGGAAUUGAAUCAAAGAGAACACCUCUCAUCACUUCUCCUUCUUGCUCACCUCUACUUUGCUCCAGAAAUUGUCUUGUCACUCGUUCACUAUUUGGACUGCACAUUAUUGAAACAUUCAAAAGAUUUCACACUUUCCGAUUGUUUGAACAUUCUUUCUCUAUUUCACACUUCUUCAGAGAAACCUUGUCAACAUACCAUCAUUUCCUCAAUAGAUCCAUUGUAUGAAAAUGCCAUUCUAAAUCAACAACAGCAAACUCUUUCUUCAGAUUUUGCUGUCUUUUCCAAACAUUUAGUUCAAAACAAUAAUCAUUAUCAACCAUUCAAAUUUACAGAAUGGACUUCAUCAACAAACUCGUCAUUCCCUUCAUUUACAGAAAAAUAUGGAGGAGGUCAAACCAUUUGGAAAGAACAUGCUCAAAAUUUGAGAGAAAAAGCUCUUCAAUUCUUAUUUUCCAAUUUUUCACAAUGUGCUACCCAUUCUGAAUUUUUAAAUUUACAAUUCGAGAGAAUGCAAUCGAUUAUUUUGGAUGUAGCACAUCAUGCUGUUGUUGUCACUGAACAAAGAGACAUGACUUCUCAAUUGUUACAAGUCAUUCUGAAUUGGUUAAACUUCAAUUAUGAACAUCGAAUUCAACAAGCUCCACAAUUAUUUUCAUUACUGCAAAUCCUUGUUGAGAAGCAGCAGCAAGAUUCACCAUUGAAUGUAUUGAAAUUAUCAUCAUCAGCAGCAGAAUGGCCAACAUCCACGUGUUCCAAUAACAUUGAAAUCAACACACCUUCUUCCAUCAAACACUUGACUUGUUCAAAUCCUAUCCAACAACACGAACAACAACAACAACCAGAAAUCUAUACUCUUCACAUACAAUCUGCAACACCUCCUCAAAAAUCAACCUCUCAUGAACAAACAUCAUCCGAAAAAUCAAUCACUCCAGAAAUUCAAACCACCACCACUCGACACCCCUUCAAAAUGUCAUCCUUCUUAGGGAUUGAUAUGGAAGAAACCCAUUCAACCAGUACACCACCAACCUCUCCUGUUGUGGCUCUUAUUGCUUCCGACGAGUAUGGAUCGAGUUCUUCUUCUUCCAAUGCUUCCUCACGUAAUAAUUCAACCUUAAAUUCUCCAACACACAUGAUGUCGGAACCAUACUCCACAACGUCGUCGACCAAAGAGAGUAUGAUUCCAACUAUUUCAACGAGUAACAUCAUGACCCGUGCUGUUACAACAACUACUACUCCAACAAUAACAACAACCACCUUGAAUCAUACUCUCGCUCCAAAUUUAUCCACACAUCAUCAACCUCACAACAACAACAAGUAUUCCCUCACUCCAAAUUUCAACAGUAGUAAUCAUCCUCAUCCUUCGAUCAGAACCACCAGUCCAAAUCAUCAUGAUUCCGAUAGUGGUGGCACCUCUACCCGAAUUUCUCGUUCUCAUUCAGCCUUUGUUCGACCUCACAAGGAACAGGAAAAGGGAACUUUUGGGCAUUUGAAGCGGUUGGCGACACCGUUUAAAUUUACGUUUACAGAGCGGGAUGAUGAAAAAGAAAAAUCACCUCCGAAAACCAUCUUUGAGGUGGAGGAAGAGAGUCUUUCGGAUUGGCAAGAAGUUGGAAAGAUUGUUACGGUUGUGCCCGUGAAAAAAGUAGAACAAGUUCUUGUGAAACGAGAGGACAAGUAA